UCUCGCAGUGACGAGGAAAGUCACACGGUGGUGCGUUCCGGUUUGUAUCCUCUCGGGAGCAGCGCAGGGGAAGGUGCAGGCGGAGAGCUGAGUGCACCCUGGCUGGGGGCGAAGAAUCUGAGGUAACCCUGACAGAGAACUGCUAUAUACAGAAGAAGAAGGGGGAAAAGGAGUGUUAAACCUGUUAUCAUGGUGGGUGAAGACCAUAUCUCUGUAAGGAAUCGCCGAUACGGCACCACAGAGGAGAAGGACAACAUGUCAAGGAGGCUAGAAGGAGACUGGGCAUUCUCAAAGUCCAGCAAUGGUUGGGUUGAUGUUGACCGUGUGUUAGCAAGGAAGAUGCAACUCCAGGCAGAGGCAGAGCAUUUGAAGACAGCUUUCAUGAAGGGGAUUGACAGUCAUUUAACAGAAUUUGUAGAUGGCUUGGUUUCAAAGUCAGUGCUGCUGGAAUCGUCGCCAUCUGCCUUCCCAACCACAUAUUCAGAGAAAGACAGCUCCAAAACCAAAGGCCUGAGAACAUCUCUAGAACAUGGAAAAGUCUUUGUUCAUAGGAAAUCUCUCUUGGAUGAGCUGUUUGAAGUGGACCACAUCCGAACCAUCUACCACAUGUUUAUUGCCUUCCUCAUCCUCUUCAUUCUUAGCACCCUUGUGGUAGACUUCAUUGAUCAAGGAAGGUUGGUGCUUGAGUUUGAUCUCCUGGUCUACUGUUUUGGCAAGUUCUCUGUUGUCGCUCCUACAUGGCUGUGCAUGAUGUCAGCCACGAUGGCUAUACCAUAUGGCCUCUUCUGCCAGUGGGCCAAGGGCCACCAUAGUUCCUCCAACAAGACAGUCCGCUCCCUCUUUUUUGCAAUGCUCUUUGCGCUCUUCCAGUUUGUUGGACUUGGAUACGUACCAACUUACAUCGCUCUGGCCUAUGAUCUUCCACCAGCCUCUCGGUUCAUAGUCAUACUUGAGCAGGUCCGUUUGAUGAUGAAAGGUCAUUCUUUUAUCAGAGAGAACAUGACCCAGAUACUGUCCUCUAGCCCACAGAAGACGAAUGAUGUUCAGCUGCCUCUAUUUUCUCGGUACUUGUAUUUCCUCUUUGCUCCCACCCUGAUCUACAGAGAUGAGUAUCCCAGGACGCCCACAAGACGAUGGAGCUAUGUGGCGACUAAGUUUGCACAGGUGCUUGGUUCACUCUUCUACACUUACUACAUCUUCAUGCGACUCUGCAUCCCUACGUAUCGGAACUAUAGCUGGGAACCCUUCAGCUCACGAAGGCUGGUUCUUUGCAUCUUUAACUCCAUUCUUCCAGGUGUAUUGAUAAUGUUCCUGGUCUUCUUCUCAUUCCUGCAUUGUUGGCUUAACGCCUUUGCUGAGAUGAUGCGAUUUGGUGACCGAAUGUUUUACAAGGACUGGUGGAAUUCAACAUCUUAUGCAAACUAUUACCGAACUUGGAAUGUGGUAGUACAUGACUGGCUGUAUUACUACGCAUACAGAGACUUCCUUUGGUUCUUUGGGAAGAAGUUCAAAUCUGCCGCUAUGCUGUCCGUCUUCGCAAUUUCUGCUGCUGCACAUGAAUACGUCCUGGCUGUCUGUUUUGGUUACUUCUAUCCUGUUAUGUUUUGCCUCUUCAUGUUCUUUGGAAUGAUUUUCAACUUCUUAAUCAAUGACCAACGGAAAGCUUCUGUUUGGAAUGUGAUCAUGUGGACUUCCCUCUUCCUUGGUCAAGGCAUCAUAUUUUGUCUUUAUAGCCAAGAAUGGUACGCCCGUCAGUAUUGCCCUGUGAAAAAUCCCACUUUCCUGGACUAUAUGAAGCCACGUUCCUGGACUUGCCCCGAUAAGGUCUGAAGUCCCCUGACUGAGGCCAGAAGACCUGUUCUUUAGAAACAACAGCAACACCAUAUACCUUGGAUCAAUGAUCUAAAUGUCUUGAACUUUUAAAAAGGGAAAACAAUAAUCCUUUGUUAUUUUUUUAAAAACAAUCUCUUGAGGCAGCUAAGACUUCAGAAGGCUUGGCAAAAUGGUUUUUGUUCCAUGAGUGACUCCAACCUGAGCAGCUACCAUGCUGAUUGUGAAACUGAAAGGUUGGUGAAAGAUUUUUCCCCUCCCCAGAGACCAUUGUGCUUCAAUCCCAGAUGGUGGUUUUGUACGUGUUGCUACUGUUUUUCUCUUUGUUCUUAAAGGGGCCAUAUUAUGUGAUUGGAGUCGCUUUUGCCUCAUCUUGAAUGUAACGUUCCUUCAGAAUGAUCUCUCUCGUUGCACAGUAUUUGUUUGCAUUCUUGUACUCGUUGCUUUCUCAUUGAUGGUUGAGUGACGGAGCCCAGGGUUCACAAAUAUUUUCUUGCUAGUUUGUGCCUGCUAUCAGCUCACUCUGAAAUCUUCUAACAUGUGCAUAGGUUUAUUUUCACUUGUGCUGUGGUAUGAAGAAGUUAAGGAGCAGGGAGGAGUCUUUCCUGCUCUUGUCUUCUUCGUAGCUCAUGGCAGAUGGAGCAUUAUCUAAGCCUCAUUUUUGAGUCCUCUUAGAGGGCUUGAAAGUGAGACAGAUCUGACAGUCAUUUGCACUGAAGUACAGAGAAGAGAUUCCUCCCAAUUGCUACCUCUGCACCAUUGCACAAGUGGAAUGCAAGGUGGGGGCGGGAUUGGAGGAUGCGGGUUUUUUGAGGCAUCCUUGCCCUUAUGGUGUUGUAUUUCUUUUUUGGAUGAAGGAGCCCUUUUACAUCCUUUCCCAUGAAAAUAGUCAUAAUAGAAGCACAAGAUAGGGAUCAUUCCGUCCACAACUCUUUGACUUUUUCCCCCUACAGCCGAUUAUUGUAGAAAUUUAUAUAUGCUGUAGGAUAGAUGGAAGCUUUCAGCUUCUAUCAAAGAGUACUCCUUUUUUAAACAAUGAAACAAAACUACUGCUUUGAAGGAUAAUGUUUCCAAGUUUGUUGUAUUUAUGAAAGGUUUGCCUAUUUGCUUUUAUGCUCUAAAGCUUUAUUUUUCCCUCCCUUUUUGAAUAAAGAUAUCUUUAAUGGCUGACUAUA